GGCGGUUCGUCCGAGGGGCGGGGUCUGAGACUGGGCUGCGCGCUCCCGCUACGGACCGCCGUGUGCUCGAGCCUCGCAGACACAAAGCUUCGGUCGCCGGUGUGUGCAGCGCAGUGUCAACUACUCCACCCAUCAUCGGCGCACUGAGCCCACCUCUACCCCACAGGCCCUCCUCCUUACUCAAGAGCCGCCAUCUAAACCCAAUGCUAGCUGCAAAGAAACCAGAGUCCACCGGGGGCGGCGGCGGCGAGAACGGCACGGAGUCUCAGCCUCCUGUCCCUUCUUCGGCCUCAUCAUCCUCGUCGUCGUCUUCCUCCUCCUCCGGGAUCAUGGCCUCUCCGGACGCCGGGGCGUCACUAGAGAGGACCCCCAGGAAGAAAGAGAGAGCCUCCCCCGGGGCCGAGCAUGGCCCGCCCUCCGCAAUCGGGAUCAUGGCGGGAGCAGGGGGGGCCGGGGGGUUACCGGAGACCCCGGAGGGGCGCAGGACCAGCCGCAGGAAACGAGCCAAGGUCGAGUACAGGGAAAUGGACGAGAGCCUUGCCAAUCUCUCAGAAGAUGAGUAUUAUUCAGAAGAGGAGAGGAAUGCAAAGGCAGAGAGGGAGAAAAAAGUCCCCCCACCUCCUCCUCAAGCUCCACCAGAGGAAGAGAUUGACAGUGAGCCUGAAGAGCCCUCAGUAUAUUCAGGUGUAGAGGGAGCAGCCUUCCAGAGCAGACUUCCUCAUGACAGAAUGACUUCUCAAGAGGCAGCAUGCUUUCCAGAUAUCAUCAGCGGCCCUCAGCCAACUCAGAAGGUCUUCCUUUACAUCCGGAAUCGCACAUUGCAGUUGUGGUUAGACAGUCCGAAAGUUCAGCUGACGUUUGAGGCAACCCUUCAGCAGCUGGAGGCUCCUUAUAACAGUGACUCUGUGCUGGUUCACAGAAUACACUGCUAUCUUGAAAGGCACGGCUUAAUCAACUUUGGUAUUUACAAGAGACUGAAACCUUUGCCUACCAAGAAGACGGGGAAAGUGAUAAUCAUUGGCUCUGGAGUGUCUGGAUUGGCUGCUGCUCGCCAGUUACAAAGUUUUGGCAUGGAUGUUACCAUCUUAGAGGCAAGGGACCGUGUAGGAGGAAGAGUUGCCACAUUCCGGAAGGGAAGUUAUGUUGCUGAUUUAGGUGCAAUGGUGGUCACAGGGCUUGCUGCUUGCAGCUCUUUUGUAGUGGAGCUCAGAUUGGAGGAGGCAGAAGCAGCACAGAUGUUCAGUUAUGCUGCGGUGCAAGGAGAAUGCAGUAUUUUGUGGGGUUUUUUGUUUUUAAUAUGUGGUUAUCCUUGUUCUCAGGUGCCGAAAGAGAAAGAUGAGAUGGUGGAACAAGAAUUUAACCGUUUGUUGGAAGCUACCUCCUACCUCAGCCAUCAGCUAGACUUUAAUGUUCUUAAUAACAAACCUGUGUCACUAGGUCAGGCAUUGGAGGUGGUUAUACAACUUCAAGAGAAACAUGUGAAAGAUGAACAGAUUGAGCAUUGGAAAAAAAUUGUGAAAACUCAAGAAGAAUUAAAAGAAUUGUUAAAUAAGAUGGUGAAUUUAAAAGAAAAAAUAAAGGAGCUUCAUCAGCAAUAUAAGGAAGCUUCAGAAGUAAAGCCUCCCAGAGACAUCACUGCUGAGUUUUUAGUGAAAAGCAAGCACCGAGAUCUAACAGUCCUCUGCAAGGAUUAUGAUCUGUUAGCGGAGGCACAAGCAAAACUUGAAGAAAAACUGCAAGAACUUGAAGCCAACCCUCCAAGCGAUGUUUACUUGUCCUCCCGGGACAGACAGAUACUUGACUGGCACUUUGCAAAUUUAGAGUUUGCUAAUGCAACGCCUUUGUCUACACUUUCCCUAAAGCAUUGGGACCAGGAUGACGAUUUUGAAUUUACUGGCAGUCAUUUAACUGUUCGGAAUGGCUAUUCCUGUGUUCCAGUGGCAUUGGCAGAAGGGCUGGAUAUCAAGUUGAAUACAGCUGUCCGGCAAGUGCGAUACACUGCUUCUGGAUGUGAAGUGAUAGCUGUGAACACCCGCUCUACUAGUCAAACAUUCAUUUAUAAGUGUGAUGCCGUCCUCUGCACUCUGCCUCUUGGCGUAUUGAAACAACAACCUCCCGCCGUUCAGUUUGUUCCUCCACUGCCAGAAUGGAAGACCUCUGCUGUUCAAAGAAUGGGUUUUGGAAAUCUAAAUAAGGUGGUACUCUGUUUUGACAGAGUAUUUUGGGACCCCACUGUGAAUUUAUUUGGUCAUGUAGGCAGUACAACUGCCAGCAGAGGUGAACUUUUCCUAUUUUGGAAUCUUUAUAAAGCACCAAUACUUCUGGCCUUAGUAGCAGGAGAAGCCGCUGGAAUCAUGGAAAAUAUCAGUGAUGAUGUUAUAGUCGGACGUUGUUUAGCCAUUCUCAAAGGAAUAUUUGGAAGUAGUGCCGUUCCACAGCCAAAGGAAACUGUUGUGAGCCGGUGGCGUGCUGAUCCUUGGGCCCGUGGUUCCUACUCUUAUGUAGCAGCUGGUUCUUCUGGGAAUGAUUAUGAUUUAAUGGCUCAACCAAUUACUCCAGGUCCUGCUAUUCCUGGAGCACCUCAGCCUAUCCCUCGCUUGUUCUUUGCUGGUGAGCACACCAUCCGGAAUUAUCCAGCAACUGUUCACGGGGCUCUCCUGAGCGGUUUGAGAGAGGCAGGCCGUAUUGCUGAUCAGUUCCUUGGUGUCAUGUACAAUAUACCUCGUCAACCCACCACUGGGGGUCCUGCACCAACCAUGUAGUUCACUUUAGAAGGAUAUUCUAUUAAUUUUGAAUCUGGACUGGAUUUCUCCAUUUGAACACCCCUAUUUAUGGCUGCUGAAGUAUUUCAAACCAAACUGAUCAUCAAAGUAUUAAUGGAUUUGUUACUUCCAACUGUUUUGUACAACCACAACAUUAAAUGCUAGUGUUAAUUUUGUCAGAUCAUUGCUAUUCUUUAACACUAGUAGAUACAUUUUGGAUCCCAAAUUAUGCCCAUAAAUGUUUAAACAAACAUUCUGGCAUUGAUUACUGUGCUUUUUUCUUUGUUUUUGGACCUGUUUUUUUGUUUUUUGUUUCCUUUUUGUAGCGAAUUGUGUAGUAACUGUCUGAUCAAGUAUUUUUAUAUUAAAGCUCUUUAUAAAUAAUAUAGAU